UUUUCGUGACCAUUUCCCUCUCAAUAUAUUUGAUUCAAAAACAAGCGUUACCUAUUUCUCUGCGUUUCUAUACUUCCCUCUUUCGCAAUCUGCAUACGAAUAAUUCGUUUUCAGAGAAAAUUUCUGCUCAAUCUGCCACAAGUUCGACCCGCAAUUGCAACUGUGAUCGACCGGUUUCGAGUUCAGAGUAGGCUUGUCGCGUACGACCAGUGUAUUGAUCAAGGUUUGCCAAUGGAAUCAACUUGUGGUUCUCUUUUGUUAGAGCUUCAGAAAAUAUGGGAUGAAGUUGGAGAGGCUGAUAACGAUAGGGACAGAAUGCUUUUUGAGCUUGAACAAGAAUGUCUGGAUGCAUAUAGAAGGAAAGUGGAUCAAGCAAACCGUUCAAGAGCUCAGCUGAGGCAGGCAGUUGCUGAUGCUGAAGCACAGCUUGCGGACAUUAGCGCUGCAUUGGGAGACCGACCAGCUCAUAUAAAGAAGAGUUCUGGGAGCCUGAAGCAAGAGCUUGAGACAAUUGUGCCUCAACUGGAAGAUAUGACAGAGAAACGAAAUGAGAGGAAGAACCAAUUUUCAGAGCUUCUGAAACAAAUUAAUAGCAUUUCUAAGGAGCUUGCUGGUUCCACGGAAACAUGUCUUGAUGAAAUGUCUAUUGAUGAGAGUGAUUUGUCAAUAAAAAAGUUAGAUGAUUUACAUACUCAGUUGCUUUUGCUGCAAAAAGAAAAGGAUGAACGCCUAAAGCAGCUGCUUCACCUAUUGAAUAUCGUGAAUGCUCUGUGCUUGGUGCUUGGGAUGGACUUCAAAUCAACAGUUUGCAGUGUGCAUCCGUCUCUGGACAAUGCGUGUGAGAGAAAAAGUAUAAGUGCGGAUACAAUUCAAGGUUUAUCUGCUAUGAUAUGUAGGCUUAAGAAUGUUAAGUUGCAGCGCAUGCAAACGCUUCAAGAUCUUGCAAUGACCAUGGUAGAACUCUGGACUCUGAUGGAUACACCAGUUGAGGAGCAACAAAUGUUCCAAAAUGUAACAUGUACUAUUGCGGCUGCAGAAAAUGAAGUAACUGAGCCCAACAGUCUGUCUCUGGAGAUAAUCAAUGAUGCUGAGGCAGAAGUUAUGAGGCUGCAAGAAAUGAAAAUGAGUAAAAUCAAAGAAGUCCUUUUAAAAAAGAGAUUGAUUUUGGAGGAAAUUUGCCAGGGAUCACACAUGAUUGUUGAAGGACAAUCUGGAAAAGAUCUUUCUAUAGAAUGUAUUGAGUCAGGGAUAAUCAAUCCAUCAUAUCUACUUGAAGAAUUAGAGGCACAGAUUUCCAAGGUUAAAGAGGAAGCUUUCAGUAGAAAAGAGAUUCUUGAAAAGGUCCAGAAAUGGUUGGCUGCAUGCGAAGAGGAAUGCUGGCUGGAAGAGUACAACAGGGAUGACAAUCGUUAUAACGCUGGGCGAGGUGCACAUCUUAUGCUUAAGCGUGCUGAGAAGGCUCGUGUGCUUGUAAAUAAAAUUCCAGGAAUGGUAGACGCUCUGAAGUCAAAGGUAAAUGCUUGGGAGAAAGAAAGAAACGCAGAGUUCCUGUACGAUGGUAUUGGUCUAGUUUCCAUGAUUGAUCAGUACAGCGAAUUGAAGCGCUUGAAAGAACAAGAGCGUCAAAUUCAGAGGGAUCAGAAGAAGCUGCAAGGACAGUUAAUGGCGGAGCAAGAAGCAAUCUAUGGUUCAAAACCGAGUCCAUCCAAGAGCGGGGCCAAGACUUUAAGACCUUCAACCGGAGGAGGCGUGGCUAGUAAGAGGUUUUCACUAGGAGGAGCUGCGCUCCAAACUGCACUCGACAAAGCCACUCCCUCUUCUCGCACCCUUCGCAAGAAUAACCCUGUGAAACGCCAGACUUUGAACAACCUUCGCGCAGCUCCCUCUUCUGUCAAGAAAAACUUGUACAAUGGGGCAGUUAAACAGCAUUCGAGCAAUGCAUCAAUCUCACAUCACCACUCUGGAUCAUCAGCAUUGAGGAAGGCCCUCUCUCCCUUGUCUUCAUUAUGUUCCAAUGUCAUGAUUCAUGAGGAUCAGAACACGAAGAGCGCGGUGGGCCAAGGCGCUGAGAGUGGCUACAAAACUCCGGCAGCAGCAACGCCAACGAAGAGGUACUCUGCAAAUGAUGAGAACAGAACGCCAAAGACAAUGCCGGUCCCAGUGCCGGCCACUCCUCCAACGGCGUCUAGUGCUAUGCUGACGGCUAAAACCCCCUUCACGCCGGGCGUCCGUGCAGCCGAACAAGUGGAGUACUCGUACGAGGAGAGAAGAGCCGGCUUUGCGGUUGCUAAGACACUCUCCCUUGUUGACGUUUGAAGUUUGGUGUUUUAGGUGCUUAGUUUGUGCAGUCCAUCUUAUUUUGCAUCGGCCAUUGAUCUAUGGCUUUCCAAUACUAUUCAUGCAUAUAGUUUGAGUUGUUCAAAACCAUGAUCUGAGUUUGAUUACCUCGAAAUAUUUCACUAUUUCUUGUGCCAUGCUAACCUUUCCUCUUAUAAAGAUUUUUUUUCUCUCU